AUGCCGGCCAGUGCAGGCUUCUGCUGGGGCGCGCUGGUGGUUGGCCUGCCGGUCUCUUUGGUGACAGCAGCAUUUUCCCAGCUGGCAGCAACCCUGGUCGUCGCCCUGGAGUCUUUAAGCCAGCAGCAGCAGCAGCAGCAGCAGCAGCAGCAGCAGCAGCAGGCAGAGGACGCAGCUCUCACUGCUGCUGCCUGUGCACAGGCCAUGUGGGGUCUUGUGCUGCAGCGCACAGAACUGACGCGCUGCCUGCGCAGAGAAAAUGCCAGCAGCAGUUUGCUGCAGCAGACGCUGCUGGCUGCUGCUCAGCUGCUGCUGCAGCUGCUGCUCGCCGCGCAGGCAGCAGCAGCACGCCCGCCUUCGACCCUCUCGCGCCUCUCCCCGCAGCAGCAGCAGCAGCAGCAGCAGCAGCAGCAGCAGCAGCAGCAGCAGAUGUCGUGUCUGCUGGGGUGGUGCUGCUCACGCAGCGCGCAGUUUUUAGUCGAGACAUUUCGCUGCUGCUGCCUCCUGGCUGGCAGCAAACGCAGCACAGAAAAAGGCCAAGGGGGCCCCACGGGGGCCCUCGGGGGGCCCCCAAGGCAGCAGCAGCAGCAGCAGCAGCAGCAGCAGUUCGUGGCUGAUGUCAUGAUGGAGUUUGCGAGAGGAGCCAUCGACUUCGCGGACAGAGAAGAAGCUGCAGAGACUCCCCACUACAUGCAGCAGCAGCAGCAGCAGCAGCACCAAGUGCAGCAGCAGCAGCAGCACCAAGUGCAGCAGCAGCAGCAGCACCAAGUGCAGCAGCAGCAGCAGCAGCAGCAGCAGGACCAGAGACCGCUGUCCCAGAUUGCUGCCCGAGCUGCGCUUAGGGCCUGCAGUGUUGUUCUUGUGUCUCUGUGGCGCUCCCACGACUUUGCUCCGCUGCAGCGGCAGCAGCAAACGCUGCUGCUGCUGCUGCUGCGGCUGCUGCAGCUUCUCCAAAGGCUGCAGCACAGUCGGGUGCUAGAAGAUGCCUUGGAAGCUCUGGGCCGCGUGGGGGCUUGCGUCGCCAGCCGCAGCAGCAGCAGCAAACGCAUGCUGCUGUUCUUAGCUGCUGAAGUUGUGAACACGAGGCAGCAGCUGCUGCAAAGCCCAGGGAGAGCAGCAGCAGCAGCAGCAGCAGCAGCAGCAGGCGAAGCUCACUCUGCAGCAGGCCAGAAGCAGCAGCAGCAGCUGCUGAGUUCGCGUUUGCUGCUGCUUUCCUUCGAGCUGCUGGCUGGUGCUGCAGCAGCAGAAGACGGCGGCCAAGCUGUGGCUGAGGUGUCUUGCCACCUCAAAGAGGGGCCUCGUGCUGCUCUUCUGAGUGUCUUCGAUGAAUUCCGCGAGCACCAUCUCUACAAAGGCAGGGCAUAA